AAAGGCGAAGUGGUAGGAGCUGGAACAGCAGCAAUUGCUGCUGCUACACGUUUCAGCUCAUGCCCGGCAACCAGCUCUGCUGCCAGCACGCCUCUCCGAGGGCACAGGUGCUUCAGGUUCAAAAGUCCUAGAAGGGCGGUGGUACUUUUAGGAGCCAAGCACAGCUGCUUUAUUCUUUUCUUUUCCUGCAAAGAACAUCUGUUUGAGGACUCCGCUCCUUUUCCUGGACUGAAAGAGCUUAAUUGCCUCCUGCUGUCUGCACACUCCUCCUGGUCUCCCCCUAACCUGUGGGGACUGUACCCCUAUGGAUGCCCCUGUACAGAUUUUCCGUGAAGAGCUGGACUCCACCUGCUCCCCGGGGCCCUGUCGACCCCUCAGCACCAGCAGCAGCUGGCUCCUCGGCUGGGCAGACUACGACAGCAAUGCCACUGGGGCCCUUGGGGAUGGCCAGCACAACCACACCAGCAUCUCCCCCGCCAUUCCCAUCAUCAUCACUGCUGUCUACUCGGUGGUCUUCGUUGUUGGAUUGGUGGGAAACUCCCUGGUCAUGUUUGUCAUCGUAAGAACUCUUCAGUACCUGCUAUCUUCNUGGCCCUUUGGUGAUGUGCUGUGUAAAAUAGUAAUCUCUAUUGACUAUUAUAACAUGUUUACCAGCAUAUUCACGCUGACCAUGAUGAGUGUUGAUCGAUACAUUGCCGUGUGUCACCCUGUGAAGGCUCUGGACUUCCGUACACCUCUCAAAGCAAAGAUAAUCAACAUCUGUAUCUGGCUCUUGUCCUCAUCUGUUGGUAUAUCUGCAAUAGUUCUUGGAGGUACCAAAGUCAGAGAAGAUACUGCUAGCACAGAAUGCUCCUUGCAAUUUCCAGACAAAGAUUACGUGUGGUGGGACCUCUUCAUGAAAAUCUGUGUCUUUGUCUUUGCAUUUGUUAUUCCAGUUCUCAUUAUAAUUGUUUGCUAUACUCUGAUGAUUCUGCGUCUUAAAAGCGUACGACUCCUCUCGGGGUCUCGAGAAAAAGAUCGAAACCUGCGUCGCAUCACCAGGUUGGUUCUUGUGGUUGUGGCAGUUUUUAUUAUCUGUUGGACUCCUAUUCACAUUUUCGUACUGGUUGAAGCACUAGGGGAUGUGUCCCAUAGUACUGCUGCUAUAUCCAGCUAUUACUUCUGUAUUGCUUUGGGUUACACCAACAGCAGCCUCAAUCCAAUCCUUUACGCAUUUUUGGAUGAAAACUUCAAGAGAUGUUUCAAGGACUUCUGCUUCCCCCUUAAGAUGAAGAUGGACAGGCAGAACACCAGCAGAGUUAGAAACACUGUGCAGGACCCAGCUUAUAUGAGGGAAGCAUGUGGGACAAACAAACCCGUAUGACUAGUCGUGGAAAUGUCAUCUUACUGUCCUCAAGAGAGAGAGGAGUCCAAUGACCUAGGACUGACGCAGAUUACCACUGCAGUUUGAAUUCAACUCAUCCAGACAUACAUUUCUGGAAUAUUUCAGAAAUCCUGCUAGUUUGAACUAAAGAAAGUUUAUUAUUGACAAAUAAGAAACUCGUGAAAAUAAGCUCAAGUGAAAAGGGCCUGGCUGAUGGGCUGAUGGUCAGGUUUUGGCAACAUGUUUGCUGUACUUGAGCCAGUACUAAAACACACUUCUAUGGAGAGAAGAGAUAGUGUACCAGCUGAUUCUAGAUAAGAAAAUUCUGGCUCUUCUCUUUACAAUGCGUAACUUUAUACUGAGCAACAUUUAGUCAUAAAAUUGAGUUAUGCCAGAAACUUCUGCCCCAACAGUUAUUGAUUCUAAAGUAUGUAGUCUGACAACUUGAUUUGUCAUACUCUUUUAUAGUGAAGAGUGUUUAGGUUUCUGCUGAACAAUACCAGAGCUAUAAUCAAUAUUGUUCUCAGCUAAAUGUCUGUAACCUUUGUCUGUGCUGUGGAAAUCCAAUUUAAGCAUGAUCUACCCACACACCAAAGUGAUUUUAUUGUGUCUGUGUACGGUAAAGAAUUUUGGCAUUUAAAAAUAUUGGGAUUUAAGGAGAAUUGUUAGCACAUGUUUAAUCAUCUGUGUGUAAUAUUUUCUAUGUGUGCUUUUCCAAAGUGAUGGUUUCUUUAUUGAGUCUGAAUAAUAUAAUAUGCACUUUCAGAGUGUGUUUCAAACAAGAGACCAGAAAACUUCAAAUGUUUCACUUGUUAUAAAACUGAUGAAAAGCCAUGCUACAUUCAUUACAUAGAAGAAACACUCUCAUUCCGUUUUCAGUAAAGGGGACAAACAGACAUACUUAAAAAUAGUGCUGUAACUUGUUUUCCUGGAUAAUUUGUGAGCAGAAUGAAAUAAACAUUUGAUGAAU